AUGGCCGGUGAGAUGAUCUAUAUUCUCGAACAACGGAUAAAGAAUCAAAAGAAUAUCUCCGAAGAAAAAGGCGACCUAGUGCUACACGACAUCAUUAGCCAAACACUCAAGCAGAAAUAUCUGCAUGAAAUAUUCAAGCCACAGCACAUGUUCUCCCGGAGACAUAUGCGGGCGAUGUUCGAACGGUUGGCUCAUUCAAGUAUUAUGCGACUCAGCGAGAGCAGCAUGGAAAAGCUGUUUGAUCUUGACACUCAUGAUGACAAAGUACCAGAUCCAAUCCUAACCGUAACAAUGAACCAUCUAAGCGGUAUGAAACGGAUCGCAAAGCAGGAAGACGACAUCCAUGAUCUCAUCCGCAACGCUCAUGCAAUGUUUCUUAUGCUUUACGGUCCAGUCCCCAUCAGCGAAUGGAGUCUGAUACGGUAUCAGAUGCUGAAUUUCUUCCAGGACUGUCGUGUGAAAGUUUCGGUGCUCCUUCGAGACGGAAAACAGUUCGACGAUGGUCAUUUCGUCUAUCUACCGCAAAAAGAUCCCAUAGAGCUUCCACCGGAUGUCGAGCCACCCGGUACCACUAAGUAUUACGAGAAUGGCGAAUUCGUAAAAUCGACGCAAUGGCCAGGUGACACGAAACUACGUACCACUGCAGAAUAUUGUGGCUGCAAGUCUGCGGCAGCUGGCUUUAUCACUACUGAUAAUAUCGAUAAUGGCGCCUCGUACAAUCGGAUAAUAGCGCUAGUCUCUAUGACAACGUCAAAGCGCCAACGGCUUCACGAGGAAGGCGAAGUGGAUCUCAACAUGUUCGACUCAACCACGGAAGAAUCAACCUACGUAAAGGAAACCGAAGCGGUGCUCAAAAACGUGCUGAAAAUCGAUGCUUCCAAAGACAAGAAAUCGAUAUCGAACUGCGGCUGCAAGGCCGAUCUCAUCAAAACCAUACCCUCGUUGACCAUUUCUACUAAAAACCCUGAAUUUCAGAUGAAGCUGACGUCAUCUGAUGACAAAAAGAAGAAAGGCAAAGGUGCUGACAUGUUGGAAAUGCUGGACGAAGCCGCGGCACGACCCGCGACGGGAAAAUCGCGAUCGCGCUCAAGAACCCGAACCGAUCCCGCGUCAAAGCCACGCACACCAAGUGGAAAGCGGCCUGCGUCGGCUAAGAAGAUCUCGAAGUGA